AUGUCAGCCGAGCGUGAGUUUGUCAGCGCCGAGUUUGAGGAGGAAGAAGACGAGUUUGUCAGCUUUACGUCGAAGUCUUCCAUCGAGACGAGCCUAGCAAGCAGUACCGAGCUCUCAGCCCUGAUUCCAAAGACUCAGCCAACUAGUGCCCCUGGCAUUGAGCAAAUCUAUCGCUCCCCAAAGAAUCAACUGUCAAAGGAAUUUGGAAAUGUGAGCGAUAGAAUGCAAAUGUCACAAUUUAAGGAUGAUCAGCACGAAUCGAUGGGCCCUUGUAACUGUGGUGAUUGUAGGGACAGAAGUUGUGAUAAUGGUGCAGAUGCUGCCAAUGGCAAUGAGAAUGGUGAUGCGGGUGACAACAAUUCGUCCCUGGAGUGUAUGUCAAUUUGUGGGAGCCACCACUCGACACAAUACUAUGACUGUCCCCAGAUAAACAGCGCCAGCUCCGCGCGGCAAUAUCACCUCAACGACAGUGAGCAGGAGUCGUUGGUGGAGAUGGAGCAUCCCGCCGUCUUCGUUGAGGUUGAGACAGAGCGAACUGACUACUCGAACACCUACGAGGGAGAUGGCGAUUAUGAGGACACUCCCGAGCCGAAUCAGCCCACCGUAGUUGAGGAAAGUCCCGGUGAUUAUCGAAUUGGUGGCUACCAUCCCAUUGCUGUUGGCGACAUUUUUCAGAAUCGCUACCAUGUGCUCAAAAAACUGGGAUGGGGUCAUUUCUCGACCGUCUGGAUGUGCCACGACUCGCAGACGCAUCGCUAUUGUGCAGUUAAGGUCGUCAAAUCGGCCGAGCACUUUACAGAGACGGCGCGUGACGAGAUCCGUCUAUUGAAGAACAUCGACAAGAGCAAUUGGCAUCCAUUGCGAAGUCGAUUGAUCGAGCUAAUGGAUAACUUCCACAUCAGUGGCGAGAACGGCACCCAUCAAUGCAUCGUCUUCGAAGUGCUUGGCGACAACUUGCUGACGUUGAUUCAGCGCUCACGCUAUCGAGGCCUGCCCCUCUACAAUGUGAAACAGAUCGCUCGCCAGGUGUUAGAGGGUCUAGCUUUUUUGCACAAUCAAUGCCACAUAAUCCAUACUGAUCUGAAGCCCGAGAAUGUGCUACUGGUGGCUGAUGAUGUGUCCGUUCGCUCACAGGCGAAUAUCGCUUCUAAAACCUAUUUGGAGAGCUAUGCAGGAGCAAAGGGCAAGGAGUCUGCAAAGCAAUCUUCUCGUCUGGGUAUUACUGUGGCGGUUUGCCCAUAUUCGCGUCUCCUAAACAACUCCAGUGACAGUAAGUUGACCAAGACAGCAAAGCGGCGGCUACGAGCGAGAAUUAAGCGCAGCAUAAGCUUCUUCAAGGCACACCGCCAGUGGCUACGUCGCCGUGGCGUCGAGGAUUUACUAAUGCUCGCCUCUCAUGGCCUAUUAACACCAUCAUUGGCUGCCGCAGGCGUUACAAAUCAGCUCCCGUUUCUCCCGUUCGACGAUCUAGUCAUCCUGGAUAGCAAUGAUCUCGCACAGCUCCAACGCUUGAAUGUCUUUGAGCAAGUGGGAGACAUGCCGGCCCCCAUACAGCCUCAUCCACACUUGCAGCAGCGCAGCGUGAGCGCGGCAGCUCGCAUUGGCGAAGAGCCGCCAUUGAGGCAUUCGAUGCUAUUAAGUGUGGACGGCAACCUGCGUGGCAAGCGCGCUCCCAAACGUGGUGGAGCUGUCCCCUUUGGCUAUUUGAAUAAUGUUCCUCUUGGAAACAUUUACAAGCAGCUGGAGGGAAGUUCUGAAAUGCUGAAGCUGCUCGUAAACAAUCCAGAGAAAUUUGUGCGUCGUGUGCAACAACGCGUGGAAGAUGAAGACCGGAAGGCCCAGCCUCACCACCAUCCGCAGCGAGCUCAUAUGCAACCAUCGAAGAAGCACAAGAAACAGAAUACAAAUAAAAAGAAGAUGCCUAAGUCACCAUAUGAAAAGCGUGAGCUGAAAGCUGGCGGGAGCAUCUUCACCCAGCACAGAAAACAGGCGCAGUCCGAGAUAAAUUUGGAUUUGCUGUCACGCAAGGAUCCCGCCCUAGAGCCCUGCAAAUUUCAUGUAAAGAUUGCUGACAUGGGCAAUGCCUGCUGGUUCCAUCAUCACUUUACCAAUGACAUUCAGACGCGUGAGUACCGAGCUGUUGAAGUUAUCCUGGGCGCUGGCUAUGAUCAGGCUGCCGACGUUUGGAGCGCUGGAUGUUUGUUUUGGGAACUGGCCACUGGUGAUUACCUCUUCGAUCCGCUUCUGCGACGCGGCAACGCCCCGCAGGAUGAAGUGCACAUUGCCAACAUAAUUGAGACAUGCGGCUCCAUACCCGAAAGUCUUAUCAAUUGUGGAGAAUAUGCGCCAGACUUUUUCAAUAGCGAUCAUGAGCUGCGGAACAUUAAGGAGCUAGCGCCACGCUCAUUGGCCGCGACGCUUAUCGAACAUUAUCGCUGGGCACCGCAGGAUGCAUACGAAUUUGUCGAAUUUCUCAUGCCAUUGCUAAAUACAAAUCCGCACCGUCGCCUCACGGCUAGCAACGCCUUGUUAGAUGAAUGGCUGAUUUUGGAUGAGAACCGAACCUGUGGCGGAUCAGAACCGCAUUAAGACGCAAUUCCAACACUCACAAUUCCAACUUAUACAUACGUAUAUGUAUUUAAAACUGCAAGACUUUUUGAUUAUUAUUACUUGUAUAUUUAAGUAUUUUGGGACACCCUGGUUUAAGAAGUUUCAGAAGUCACCCAUAGUUAUGUACAUAAGCAUACUCACAAAAACAUCAUUUCCUAUAUAUUUUGUGAUACAUUUUAAAUUGGCAAGUUAACGUU